GAGAGAGAGAGAAGUGGAGAAGCAAAAACAGAAAUAUGGCUGAAGGCGUUGUUACAGUUGUGGCUGCAGGGAUCAAGCCCCUUGGAGAGUUCAUCAUUCAGCAAGCGAAAUUCUUGAGUGGAGUCAGCUAUCAAAUUGAGCUUGCGCAGAUCGAGCUACACUUGAUCCGGGGAUUUCUGAAAGACGCAGAUACGAGGCAACAAGAUGAAGAACUAGUACGCAUUUGUGUUAAACUUAUCAGAGAUGCUGCUUAUGACUUGGAGGAUGUCAUUGAAUCUUUUUACUUGAAAGUGACUUCCAGGAGGAGAGGAGGUACUGUGAAGAUUGUUCUCAAAAGGUUUGCCUGCAUCUUUAAUGAAGGACUUAAUCGAUACAAGAUUGGGUCCGAAAUUGAGGAUAUUAUGACCAAACUUUCUCAUCUGAGGUCAAGUUUGCAAAGUUAUAACAUCAGGCAAAUAAGUGGGGCUGAUGGUGUCGCUUCUUCUUUUAAGAGGCAACGAGACCGAAGGCUAACUUACGCUCAUCAAGUUGAAAAUCACAUUGUUGGCUUGGAGGAAAGCACAGAUAUACUGAUUUGGGGGAUGGGCGGCUCCGGAAAAACCACUCUUGCAAAACAGGUUUUUGUUUUUCUUCAAAAUGAAGUUAAGCGUCAUUUUGAUUGUUUUGCUUGGGUCUGUAUAUCUCAACAAUGGGAAGGAAAGGAUGUAUUGGAAGAGAUUUUAAUUAAACUCACUUCCCCAACAUCAGAGAAAAGGAAAGAAAUUUCCAAAAUGAAGAAGGAUGAAAUAGCAAAGGAGGUCUGUAGUAUCCAACAAGAAAAGAGAUGUCUGGUGGUCCUUGAUGACAUAUGGACUCAAGGGGCUUGGCAUUCGAUAAAAGCUGGAUUCCCAAUCAGUGAGGAAACCGAGAGCCGGAUAUUACUCACUACUCGCAAGAAAGAAGUUGCCUUGCUUGCAUCCGGAAAUGAUCAUCAUAUCCACCAACCUCAACAAUUAAAUGACGAGCAAAUCUGGGAACUGUUUGAAAAGAUAGCCAUCUGUGAAAGCGACAAAACAGACAGGGAAGUUUAUGAAAAGAAGAGAAAAUUAGGUGAGGAGAUGCUUAAACAUUGUUCAGGUCUACCAUUAGCCAUCAGUGUGCUCGCUGGUCUUCUUAGUAGACGAGAGACGGUUGAUGAAUGGAAGACAGUACUUGGAAAUGUUAAUGUAUACAUAAUGAGAGGCACAAAUGUCCCUGAAAGAGAAAAGACAAGUCAGGAGUGUGGUGUUUCAGGUGUCUUGGCAUUGAGUUAUGAUGACUUACCAUCUCACUUGAAACUCUGCUUUCUGUAUUUAGCCCAAUAUCCUGAGGAUCAUGAGAUACAGGUAACAAGAUUGACUCAAUUAUGGAUUGCAGAAGGGUUUAUACCUUCAACAUCAGAAAUACAUGGUUCAAUUGAAUUAAUGGAAGAUGUAUCAUAUGGUUGCCUAAUUGAACUGGUGGAAAGAUCUAUGAUUCAAGUUGUAAAAUCUGGUUUAAGUGGGAAGGUGAAAACUUUCCGUCUCCAUGAUCUUAUGCGGGACUUGUGCUUGCAAAAGGCAAAAGAGGAGAACUUUUCUGUUGGUCCGGUAUCUAAUGCAACACUGAUUGGUAAGGUUCGAAGACUUGCCCUCUAUUUGGACGAAAAUAUUAAAUAUGAGUUCAGCAGUAAGAAUGGAAGAGAUGGCCACAUCAGAUCUCUAUUAUACUUUGCCCCAAAAUUCUUCAAGCAAGAGUGGAACAAAAGAAUAAUACGAUCAGUAUUCAAUGACUUCAAAUUGCUUAGAGUCUUGAAGUUUGAAAAUAUAGAUAAAGGUUUUAAGUUACCAAAGACAAUUGGGAAUCUAGUCCACCUGAGGUUUCUGAGUCUGAAGGAUAGCGCAUGGCGUGGCUUAUUGCCAUCAUCUGUAUCUAAUCUAGUACUCUUGCAAACUCUAGAUCUGCGGGAUGGAUAUGGGUUUUCCAAAAUCAGAAAUUUGUUUUGGAAUAUGGAGCAACUGAGGCAUUUGUAUUUACCAACUACUUGGUACGAUGCCGGGGGAAAACUGUCAUUUGCAAGGCUGUGCAAUUUGCAGACGUUGGUCAAUGUUAGAAUUGAGAAGUGUGAUUUGAAUGGUCUUGUUCAAUUAAGCAAUCUGAAGAAACUACGCAUAAAGCGAACAGUGUCGAGUGAGUUGGAAAAGCUGAAGGACAAGUUGAUAUCAAGGAAUAGAACAUAUAAACAUCUUCGGUCUCUAUCUCUGCAGGCAGAAGAUUUAGAGGAUAUUAUACCAAGUGAUAUAGUAUUAAGGUGUCCUCAUCUAUACAAGCUGCGACUGUAUGGGAGAAUGACAGCGUUACCGAAAGAGCUCCCAAACCUCACCAAGUUGACGCUGAUUAGAACAAGACUGAAGGUUGACCUGAUUGAAAUACUGGAGAAGCUGCCCAACUUAAGGAUGCUUUACCUCGAUCAUCGUUCUUUGGAAUCAGAAACAAUGGUUUUCUCCCAAGGAGGCUUUCCUCAUCUGGAAUUUCUUACCCUUGAAGGUUUGCAUGACUUGAAGGAGUGGAGGGUGGAGAAAGAAGCCAUGCCUAGUCUUCAGAGAUUGCGCAUUAUUUGGUGCGGAGGAUUGCGGGCAGUUCCAGAUGGGCUUCAGGAGAUUACUACCCUCAAGGAAUUAACAAUUGACCACAUGCACAGUAGAUUCUGCAGUAGGGUUGGGGAAGGAGGAGAGGAUUUCUACAAAAUCAAACAUGUGCCUUCUCUUAUAAUCAUAAAUACCUGGGGCCACGAGGAGCCAGAAAUGGAGGAAGCAGCAGGCGCGUCCCAAGUAGUAGUUACGGGUCCAGUCGGUGACUCUCAUCAGGAAUUAACUGUGGAUGCUUCUCCUCCUGCUCCUGAUGAGAAAACAGAGGAAAUACAACUUGCAUCCACUUUUUUCCUCAGUUAA